GCGCGGCCCGGCGAGGGUCAGUACGCCGGGGCCGAACCUGCAGUGGGAUCCCGCGCCAGCCAGGCUGAGGGCGUGAGAAGGCUCGGAGGCGAGCUCGAGUGGGAGCCCGGCGCCCGUGGGAGGAGACACCCAGCGACACCGGGUCGGGAGCUGGCGCUUUGUGAAGAUGGCGGGGCCGGAGCUGCUGCUCGACUCCAACAUCCGCCUCUGGGUGGUCCUGCCCAUCGUGAUCAUCACCUUCUUCGUGGGCAUGAUCCGCCACUACGUGUCCAUCCUGCUGCAGAGCGACAAAAAGCUCACCCAGGAACAAGUCUCCGACAGUCAAGUCCUAAUUCGAAGCAGAGUCCUCAGGGAAAAUGGAAAAUACAUUCCCAAACAGUCUUUCCUGACACGAAAAUAUUAUUUCAACAACCCGGAGGAUGGAUUUUUCAAAAAAACUAAAAGGAAGGUAGUACCUCCUUCUCCUAUGACUGAUCCCACUAUGCUAACGGACAUGAUGAAAGGCAAUGUAACAAACGUUCUCCCUAUGAUUCUUAUUGGCGGAUGGAUCAACAUGACAUUCUCAGGCUUUGUCACAACCAAGGUCCCAUUUCCACUGACCCUCCGCUUUAAGCCAAUGCUACAGCAAGGAAUUGAAUUACUCACAUUAGAUGCAUCCUGGGUGAGUUCUGCAUCCUGGUAUUUCCUCAAUGUCUUUGGGCUUCGGAGCAUUUACUCUCUGAUUUUGGGCCAAGAUAAUGCCGCUGACCAAUCACGGAUGAUGCAGGAGCAGAUGACUGGAGCAGCCAUGGCCAUGCCCGCAGACACCAACAAAGCUUUCAAGAGUGGGAAGCCUUGGAGCUGACAGAUCACCAGUGGGCCCUAGAUGAUGUCGAAGAGGAACUCAUGGCCAAAGACCUCCACUUCGAAGGCAUGUUCAAAAAGGAAUUACAGACCUCUAUUUUUUGAAGACCAAGCAGGAAUUAGCUGUGUCAGGAACUCGGAGUAGCACUUAACCUUGUAACUUUCGUUUGAGCAGGAGCCUCUCGGAAUAAAAAGGAGGAUGCAUGAGCUGGCGGAUGUGCAGCAAGGAUCAUUCUUGUCUGAGCCGGUUCCCCUUUAUGUAUGAAACUAGAGGAAACACAAGGAGUGUGUGCUGGGUGACUUACCCAGAAACAGCUAUUUUUAAAAUGUUUUAAAUUUUCCAUCUGGUGACUCUAGUAAUGAAAGUCAGAGAAAGGGGGAAAACUCAAGCUAGUGAUAAUAUAUAAAACUUAGCAAAAAUACAGUCUUUGGAAAAGGAGUUUUCAAUUAUACCUAAUUAUUAUGUGUAGUCAGCCUGACUUCUAACCACAGUAGACUCCUUUUUUCUUGGGAUCCAAACACCCUGCAUUUUACCUUUAAUUUUUUGUUAGUAUUUUUAUAACUUUCUUUACACAAAUAAUACAUUUUCAUUACAGAAAAUUUAAGAACUAUGGAUGAGCAAAAAGUGAAGCUCCCUAUAUUCAUUUUGAGCCUACAGAAUGACAUAAAAAGCAAAUGUGUCAAAACCUUAUUCAGAUAAAUCUUUUUCAGAGUGAAUACCCAGGGCCAGGACAGACUUAGGAAACCUUCGCUAUCUCAUAAUACUGUCCAGUGAAAAUCAGUGACUGUGAGACACUGCCGGAUUCUCAAGUGCCUUUGGGAUCAUUAAAGACAGGUUAAAUAAUGUGAGGUCUUGAUCUGGAGUUCAGAAUACAUCAAAUCCAUUGACAAAUCAAUGGUGCUAUACUGUAUAUGACUGCUCAGUUGAAUGAAAGCAUUUCCCAGUCAUUCUGCAUAAGAGAGUUUACGUAUCACUGUAAGAAGUGAGAGAGGGCGAUUGCUGGAAGACACAUAGUUAAGGGUUGCCCAGGAAGAAUUCUGUCUGGGUUAACUCCCAGGGAAGUGGCAGGGUGCCAUUUCUGUACCAAGAGGUGAAUGUAAUUUGCAUGUUGAACGCUGUAAUCAAGAACAAACAACUCUUGACUCUACAAAUUAAACCAUCCUGUUUUCUCUUCUUUGCCUGUAAAAA